AACCCUAAAAUAGAAGGACCAAAGUUUUAUCGAUAAUUGUAAACCAAGUUAUCCACAAAUGAUUGCAGAGUGUAUGUGACGCAGUUGUCGUGUAGGUAAUACUUGCGACUGCCAACAUCUACGAUUUGUUUAUUUCAAAUUAUUUGGAAACGAUCCUUGUAGAAAGUUUUGAAAAGCUAACACUUAAUUUAUGGAAACACAAUGUUUAUUGGUGGGCAUGGCUUGAACGUUUUUGGUGCCUCUAGACAACAAAAUGUUCCAUCAACUGUAACGACUCUCUAUCGGCACAGAGCAAGCAUGACAAAACUCCAGUUUCUGGGGAGCUUAGUAGAGGAUGCUCAGAAGAAGAAACAAGCAGACUCCAAACGACAUGUAAAGGGUAUUCUAAAAAAUGCCAUUAGUAUGCCAAAUCUUGCCGAGAACAGUAAUAAUCCAAAGAUUGACCAUAAACAGCUGCGAAAUGUUAUCAAAAGACAAAAACUUGGAUCUAAAGAUUACAUACCACAAAGGACUGUGAAAAAGACAGUAAAAUUUAAUGACCCUGUUGGUCGCCUUGGUCAAAUAGAAUCAAAAUAUAAAUUGUGUUCUGAGAUUAAUACAGAUGAAAGUACUAUUAGAAAGCAAAAAAAAAUUCAACAAAUUUCUCUUCGAAAUGCUCAAAACGAUGACAAACAAGACAGUUCAAAUGUAUUAGUUACAGUUGUAUACGACUUAAAGAUGAAGGAUAAUAAACUAAUAACAAACAAAGAAAGUAUAAAAUCAAACAACGAUAAUCAAAAAGCAGAAAUUCAUGCCGACAACGAUCAUUCAGAAAUGUGCAGUCCGGAAGUGACUCCAAACAAACUUUCAGAUGGAGCAAGCGCAAGGGAUUCAAUAGAUUACGGACAUGCUCAAAACGGCGAUACAUUUUUAUCGCAUACUGUUAUUGCACCUGUUCUUUCUCCGACGGAAAAGGAAAAACUUAAUAAUAUUGGUAACCAGUAUUUAAAACAAACGUCACCCACAGAAGAAUCGUCGAGCUUGAGGCAAAGUGUCGCAAAACCAAAAGACAGUGUUGUUGUUAUGCGUUCACGUGCAAAACCGGUGAUGUUUACUCGUUGUGUAAACAAUUCAAUCCCAAUUGUAGAUGAUCCGGUUCAUGAUACAACAAACUUUUGCGACGAAGAAAAAACAUCUCAUAUUAUGCAGUGGCUUAACGACGUCAAAAACGAACAAGAACGUGAUGGCUUUUGUACUCUUUUAAUAUCAGAUGGGGAAAUCAAGUAUUAAAGAAAAUCAACCAAGUUA